AUGGGACUGAUGAAUGACAAUCAGAUUGACUACUAUGACAGUGUGGCAAAGAAGAAGAUUCCCAAACAGGACUGGAUGAGGGAGAAGCUGCCUGCAGACUACUGGGAAAAAGGCACUCAGUCACGCAAGAGCAAGGAGCAGUGGUUCAAAGUUAACGUCAACAUCCUGAUGGACCGCAUGAAGCACAACAACACUGGUGAGCGACCGUGCAUGCAUUGGUAUCACUCUACAUAGCCUAAUGUAGAUAUUUGACUAAAACUCCAAGAUAAUUCACAAUGCAAAAAAAAGGGGGGGGGGUGGAGACUUGACUAUACCAUAGGUGAGCCAUUCCCUCUCCUAUUCUACUUGUUUUCCCUCUCAGAUGUCCAUAUCCUUCAGUGGAAGCAUGGCUGUGAGAUUGACCGACAGAGUGACGGCACAUUGAAAUUCAUAAAGGGCACUGACCAAUACAGCUACGAUGGUGACGACUUCCUGGCCUUUGAUGAUGCCUCUAUGCAGUGGGUGGCCCCAGUUGAUCAAGCUCUGCCGACUAAGAGGAAGUGGGACGGGGUGCAGAUCCUCAACCAGUACACCAAGGGCUACCUGGAAAAGGAGUGUGUGGACUGGCUGUCUAAAUUCAUGGAAUAUGAGGAGAAAGAUUUCAGUAGGGAUGAUUGUGAGUACUUACUGUAUGAAAGAGGCUAAUAAGGACUGACAUUUGAAUGGUCAUCUAAACUUCAAAUAGUGUAAAUGUGGAUUACAGAAAAGGCAUAUUUGUACCUGUGAGAUCAGAAAUGAAACACUAAUGUUCUCUGUUUAUUCACUCUUUAGCCGCUCCAAAGGUAUAUGCAUUUGCUAAAAAGGCCCAAAUUGCAGGACAUGUCCGACUGACCUGCAUGGCCACAGGGUUCUAUCCCAAAGAUGUGGUUAUGCGUAUUAAGAAGAAUGGGGUCCAAUUGACCAAACAUGAUGGAGUGCUGUCAACAGGAGUCCUACCCAAUCAUGACGACACCUACCAGAUCAGGAUGAGUGUGCAGAUCCCAGAAGCUGACACAGCCGGUUAUGAAUGCUAUGUCAACCACAGAGCAUUGAAGGAGCCCAUUGUGGAAGAAUGGGGUAAAGUAGUCCUUAUAUUUAAUAUACCGGUACUGCAUUUAUAAAAUAAAAAAAACAGCUAUUAGCAUGGUUAUCAAUUGUGGUAAAAUCAGACGUUUCUGAGACUGUUAACAGGUCAUGAAUGCAGAUUAUUAAAAUGUGACAACUGUUUUUCAAGCUCAAUGUACAAGAUGUUAUUGUUAAUGCUGAAUAUGUCCUCUUAUCUUGUCUUCCAUGCAGAUGGAAAAUGCUGUGAUUGUUCCCAAGAAACAGGUGUUAUCAUUGGUGCAUUUGUUGUGGUGGUCCUCCUGUUGAUCUUGGUUGCCUCACUGUUUGUUCUUUGGAAAAGACGCAAAAUAUGUACGUUUCUCACAUUGUGAAUGAAUUUCAUACAGUAUGUUAUUUUUCUUAUUGGUAUUGUUCUGUGAGAUAAACUAAAGCGAUUAUGGUAAUGUCACAACCUUUUUUGACAUCAGGGCAUGACCUUAGUUAAUCUCAAGUCAGGAGAUCAAACAAAGUGAAGUAUUGUAUAUUUAUGUUUCCUACCCCUGUGUUUCCACUGUUUCUUCCACUGUUUCAGAUACUCAUUUAAUAAAAACCUGUCAUAUUUGGCGUUAACAUCUUGCUCCAAUGUUUUAGGGGCUGGUCACCUCUAAAUGGUACUGUUGAUGCAAUGUUAUGUUUCUUUUCCUUCCUAGAACAAUUACAUGUAUAGCAGUAACACAGCAAUAGCAAAGAUCUGGUGGGAUGUGACUAACGAUGGGCCAUCUUAUGACUGUUAAUUGUAGUGAUUUAAUUAUGUCUUGUGGUGAUUCAAUUAAUGACAGCCCACCUAAUCCUUGUUUUUACACAUCAAUCAUGUUCACAUGUCUCUGUUACUUUCAGGCAGUGGAAAUGUGGCGGCUGUUUUGAACAUGCCUGGUAAGACUUACAAAACUCAUAGUUGUAGAGUGGAGGUCAUUUUAUGUUUUACAGUUGUUAAAAGCAGAGAAGGCUCCAAUUUCUUUCAUGCAACGGAGUGUAGAUUAUAAUUACAAUUAAGAAUGAUUGACUGAUAACAUUGAUUUCUGGUAUUAUAAAAAAACACCUUCAUGGAGUUUUCAAAGGUGACUAUAACAAGGAACAAUACAACAAGGUCUGUCAUGUUUGCUUUUCGCCGCAAAGGUUGCUUUAAUCACAUUUAUCACAAAUCAUGUGGUAUAUAGACUUGUAAAAGGAGAAGACUGUGAAUCAUAGUCAAGAAAAAAUGUCUCAAGGAAGGAAACACCUAAAGAAUAACUAGCAAUUAGACACUGUGAACAUAGUGGGGGACAACAUGACAAAAUGAAUUAUCUGUACUGAGUUGGAUUAUUAUGACACUGACGUGAAACGUAAAGUCACAUCUUCUAUGUACUAGGUGGGUAGUUUUCGAUUCAGUCAAAUCAGGAAGUUAAUUGAAGUAAUGAAUUGGAAAUUCCUCAUUGUUUGCUAUGAGGAUUUUUUUCAGUUAAUUAAUAUAAUUUUAAUUGGGAAAAUGCAUGCCUAUAGAGGACCGAUGAUCAUCACUGAAUACUGUGUAUCUAACUAAAGAGUGAUUAUAUUCUCUUUUCCCAGUGAUAAAGGAUGACGCUAGCAGCACUUCCUCUGACUCUGGUAAUGUUAUUCAAAAGUAUUGCCAGUUAUUUGAUCUUAUAUUACUUACAUAGACAGUGAAUGCGGUGGAAACUAUGGAAGCACUGAUGUUAGUUCUGCUGUUCCAGGUCAAGGCAGCAAUGCAUGUCUAGAGAAGGAGGUAAUGCUGACAAAUGAAGGUAAUAUAAUUUAUUCUUAAAAAAGAUAUAUAAUGUAAUACAAUCAUGGCCUCCCAAUCUCAUUCUUGAAAGUAAAAAAAAAAUGGUGUUAGUUGUUUUUGAGUAUACAAUUAUGCAUCUGAGCACUUAAAGGAUUUGGUGCCUCCAGCCAUACCACCCUGUAUCCAACUAGGCUACUGGCACAUGUUCAUUGACAGUAUAAACCAUAUAUUAACUAACAUCCCCAAACAUCCCAACAUCCUUUUACAAAUAUCAGCAUCAUGAGACUACAUGGACAUGUAAUUCUAACUGCAACAUUACUAUUUAUUAUUUAGGUGUAAUUCUUAGUUGUCUAAAUGAUUGUAUUAUUGUCACUAGCAUUCCUACUGUUAGUGCAGCUAUAGCCUUAGUAUAAAAAGCAAGCACCCAUUCCCAUAAUGACUUUCUCUCUCUAUUCUCUCAGCCAUUGGGGAGUGAGUGACAAUGCAUCCAAAUCUAGCAAAGAACGUGUGAUUCUGUUUUGUUAAUCAACAAAUACUGUCAAUCUGGAUGUGUUCAUUCCCAAGCACUGACCAUUCUGAUCAGAUCGGCUUGGAUAUGAAUACUUAUUUAUGAACAUUUUGUUAUUUUGAUACUGAAUGUUAUCAGAUCUUCAACCAAACCCUAAUAUUAGAUAAAGGGAACAUUAGUGAACAAAUAACACAACAAUUACAUAUUUAUUUCAUAAACAAAGUUAUGCAACACCCAAUUCCCCUGUGUGAAAAAGUAAUUGCCCCCUUACACUCAAUAACUGGUUGUGCCACCUUUAGCUGCAAUGACUCCAACCAAAUGCUUCCUGUAGUUGUUGAUCAGUCUCUCACGUCGCUGUGGAGGAAUUUUGGCCCACUCUUCCAUGCAGAACUGCUUUAACUCAGUGACGUGUGGGUUUUCAAGCAUGAACUGCUCGUUUCAAGUCCUGCCACAACAUCUCAAUUGGGAUUAGGUCUGGACUUUGACUAGGCCAUUCUAAAACUUCCAAUGUGUUGCUUUUUAGCAAUUUUCAUGUAGACUUGAUUGUGUGUUUUGGAUCAUUGUCUUGCUGCAUGACCCAGCUGCGCUUCAGAUCUGGUGGGAUAUGACUAACGAUGGGCCAUCUUAUGACUGUUAAUUGUAGUGAUUUAAUUAUGUCUUGUGGUGAUUAAAUUAAUGACAGCCCCCCUAAUCCUUGUUUUUACACAUCAAUCAUGUUCACAUGUCUCUGUUACUUUCAGGCAGUGGAAAUGUGGCGGCUGUUUUGAACAUGCCUGGUAAGACUUACAAAACUCAUAGUUGUAGAGUGGAGGUCAUGUUAUGUUUUACAGUUGUUAAAAGCAGAGAAGGCUCCAAUUUCUUUCAUGCAACGGAGUGUAGAUUAUAAUUACAAUUAAGAAUGAUUGACUGAUAACAUUGAUUUCUGGUAUUAUAAAAAAACACCUUCAUGGAGUUUUCAAAGGUGACUAUAACAAGGAACAAUACAACAAGGUCUGUCAUGUUUGCUUUUCGCCGCAAAGGUUGCUUUAAUCACAUUUAUCACAAAUCAUGUGGUAUAUAGACUUGUAAAAUGAGAGGACUGUGAAUCAUAGUCAAGAAAAAAUGUCUCAAGGAAGGAAACACCUAAAGAAUAACUAGCAAUUAGACACUGUGAACAUAGUGGGGGACAACAUGACAAAAUGAAUUAUCUGUACUGAGUUGGAUUAUUAUGACACUGACGUGAAACGUAAAGUCCCAUCUUCUAUGUACUAGGUGGGUAGUUUUCGAUUCAGUCGGAAUUCUGAUUCAGUCAAAUCAGGAAGUUAAUUGAAGUAAUGAAUUGGAAAUUCCCCAUUGUUUGCUAUGAGGAUUUUUUUCAGUUAAUUAAUAUAAUUUUAAUUGGGAAAAUGCAUGCCUAUAGAGGACCGAUGAUCAUCACUGAAUACUGUGUAUCUAACUAAAGAGUGAUUAUAUUCUCUUUUCCCAGUGAUAAAGGAUGACGCUAGCAGCACUUCCUCUGACUCUGGUAAUGUUAUUCAAAAGUAUUGCCAGUUAUUUGAUCUUAUAUUACUUACAUAGACAGUGAAUGCGGUGGAAACUAUGGAAGCACUGAUGUUAGUUCUGCUGUUCCAGGUCAAGGCAGAAAUGCAUGUCUAGAGAAGGAGGCAAUGCUGACAAAUGA